ACCCUUAUCGCAAAUGCAGACGGUGUUGACACCACUUAUCACUUCCUGGGUGAAGGGUGAGUGACGUGGCGACACAGGUUGGGGUCGGGAAGCGGCAGGUAAAUCAAAAAUGGAGGAAACUGGAACAAGUGAAGAAUCUAUGAAUAAAGAAUCUGUGGCUCAGGAAGGAAGUGUUUCAGCAUGUAGGGAAAAAGAGCAUAAACAAGAUGUUGAUUCAGAACAGCACUCUGAGAUUGAAACUGGCAAGUGCACAACAGGCAAUGCACAAAAUGAGGACUGUGGGUCUGCUGGAAGCAUACAUGAAAACAGUACAAGUAAAGGGAAGGAGUCUGCCAACAGGACAAGAAAGAGACCUGAAUCAAAAGGAUCUAGUCAGCCAGGGUUAUCUGAACAACAACCUUUGGGAGUUGCAGACAAACCGCAAGAUCUCCCAAAUCAAGAAGCAGGAAGUUGGGGCUACUGGGGAAAUUGGGGAAAGUCAUUGCUUACAACAGCAACAGCCACUGUUGCAUCUGUUGGUGAGCUCACUGUUGCUUUAAAACAUAUUUUCCAACAGAUUAUCUUAUAA